AUGUCGACGCCAAACAACCCCAACCCCAACCCCAACGGCAACGGCAAGGCCAGGGCUAUCCCUUCUCCCAGUCUUGCAUCCGCAGACACUUUGGCUUCCACCCCCAUCCGAUCCCCUUCGCGCGCCUUUGGCGAAGGUUGGGGCCACGCCUCUCCCUCGCUGCCCAACAUCCCUCCGCGCGUAGGCUCUCCAUCCGCCGAACCGCUCAACCUCUACUCUUCAUCGCAGCAGCAGCGUCAAGACUCGUCCAACUUUCCUAGGUCUUUCUCGAUCGAGCCUCCCUCUCGCGACAGCCCUUCACUGGCUCCUCCCGCCGUCGACUCUGGUCUCUCAACACCCAGCAAUCUCGACAAUCUCGAUUCUCUUCCCUUUUCAGACGAGCGCAAGGCACGCAUCAUCGAGAGGCAUCUCGCUCGUCCUGAUGGUAACCGCGAUUCGAUCUCGGCCACUUCAAUUCCAUCGUCUGAACACACCGACGAUUUUGAUGACAGCCAAGAUGCCCACGGUUCGUCCACACCCAAUCCCGCUGCAUCUGGAGAUGGUGCCAACGAGUCGCCGUCCGAGAUCGCGUUUGAGGACGUAGACGAAAGCUACAUUGGUCCGCACCAGAUGCAAGGCGGAGCCAUCACCGACGACGUCUACCGAUGGGCUCACAAGAAUCGCAGAGUAUCCGCAAGACGUACCCGCAGCGAGAGUCUUCACAUGCCUCGUACCGCCACCAUCGACCCUGAGCUCGAUGUGCAGGGCAUCAAGGAACCCGGAGGCUUCCGACGCUUCUUUGUUAUCAACCAGGCCCAAGAGCAGGGCCGCGCCCCUCCCAGAGCGCUUCGCAGCUUUAUCGACUUCCUCAGCCUGUACGGUCACUUUGCCGGAGAAUUCCUGGAAGAAGAAGACGAUGACGAUGAUGACGAUGAGUACGAAGACGACGCCGACGAGCGUGCUAUUCCUGGUACCAGCCGUGGAGCUGGCACUGGCGACAUGGAAACCUCGGGUCUUCUGCGUCGUCGCAAAGGUCUGCAACGAAGCGACACCCAAGCUCGUAUGCGCAAGGCUAACAAGGAACGCCGUCGCGGUGAGGCUUCGGUGCUCGAUGCCGUCAUGAUGCUGUUGAAAUCUUUUGUCGGUACCGGUGUGCUUUUCCUCGGCAAGGCAUUCCACAACGGCGGUCUGCUCUUCUCCACCGUGACCCUGUGCGCGGUCGCUAUCAUUUCGCUCGUAUCGUUCCUGCUGCUCGUCAAAACCAAUCUCAACUGUCCAGGCUCGUUCGGUGACAUGGGUGGCAUCCUCUACGGUCCUCGUAUGAGACUUGCCAUCUUGGCUUCAAUUGUACUCUCGCAGCUCGGCUUCGUCGCUGCUUACACGGUAUUUGUGGCGCAGAACAUGCAGGCAUUCGUUCUCGCCGUCACGCACUGCAAGACGCUCGUGCCUAUCUGGGCGCUCAUCCUGGGUCAGAUGGCUGUGUUCUUGCCACUCUCGCUCAUUCGAAGAAUCGCCAAGCUCUCCACCACGGCGCUGAUUGCCGAUGUCUUCAUCCUCUUUGGUAUCGUCUAUCUGUUCUGGUACGAGAUCGGCAAGGUCGCCAAGGAUGGACUUGCCGACGUGGUCAUGUUCAACAGCAAAGAGUUUCCGCUAUUCAUUGGUACGGCUGUCUUUACGUUUGAAGGCAUCGGCCUGGUAAUUCCGAUCACCGAGUCGAUGAAGGAGCCUGAAAAGUUCCCACGCGCACUUACCGGGGUGAUGGCAGGAGUGAUGGUGCUCUUUGCUUCGGCAGGUGCGCUAUCGUACAUGGCGUUCGGAUCUGAAAUCCAGACGGUGGUGAUUACCAACCUUCCGCAAACCUCUCGAUUCGUGCAAGCGAUGCAGUUCCUCUACAGUAUCGCUAUUCUGCUCUCCACGCCUCUGCAGCUGUUCCCAGCGCUGGCUGUGCUCGAGAAGGGAAUCUUCACCAAGAGCGGUAAAUACAACUGGAAGGUCAAGACCGAGAAGAACCUCUUCCGUUUCCUCGUAGUUGUCGUCUGCUGUUUGGCAGCCUGGGCAGGUGCCAACGAUCUGGACAAGUUCGUUUCCCUCAUCGGGUCAGUGGCAUGUGUGCCGCUUUGCUUUAUCUACCCGCCUUUGCUGCAUCUGAAGGCGAAUGCGACUCGGAGCGCGACCAAAGUAUUGAAUUACGCCAUGUUGGUGUUCGGCGUCGUUUGCGUUGCCUUUGCCGGUAGUCAGACCAUCAAGGCGAUGUUGGAGAGUUCGCAACCAGCUCGUCCACCCAGAUGUUCUCCGAGGUAG